AUGCUGGCCCCAAUAGUUGAGACAAAUUACGGGAAAAUCGAGGGAUUUGAGUCAGAUGGAGCUGAAGUGUUUCUAGCGAUUCCGUAUGCUAAACCACCAACUGGUGAUUUACGAUUCGAAAGACCUGAAGCACCAGAACCUUUUGAAGAUAUUUAUCAAGCUACACAAUAUAGAAAUGAUUGUUCUCCACAUUAUCGUUUAGUUUCGCAAUUUUCUGUUUAUUCUGGUGAAGAUUGUCUGACUUUGAAUGUUAUAAAACCAAAGACUGUGGUGAGUUUGUUUUUGAAAAGUCAUAAACAAAUAAAUGUCACAUGAAAAAAAAUCAAAAGUAGCCAAAAGACUUCAGUUUUUUUUUUGGAAAAACUUCUAGAUUCAUCAAAAAAAAAAUCACAAUUUUUUUGCAGACUGAAAAACUUCCUGUCCUCCUGUGGAUUCAUGGAGGAGGUUAUUCUAUCGGAUCAGCCAGUCAACAUGGAUAUAAAUACUUUGCUGAGCGCUAUGCCUCGGAAAACGUUAUUGUUGUCACAAUCCAAUAUCGCUUAGGCUUCCUCGGAUUUUUUGCAAAUGAUCAAGUCAGCAAUCUCGGAUUGUUCGAUCAAGUCGCAGCUUUGGAAUAUGUUCAUGAGAAUAUCGAGCAUUUUGGUGGAGAUCCUGAAAGAAUCACUCUCUGGGGAUACAGUGCUGGAGGUGCGAGUGUAUCGCAACUUACUAUUAGUCCAUAUUCUCAAGAUCUUUAUCAAAAUGCUAUUAUUAUGUCUGCUAGUUCGUUUGCUGGCUGGGCUACUGGUUCAACAGUUCGUGAACACUCUGAGAUUCUUAUGAGAGAUGCAGGUUGUGAUUCGAUAGAAUGCUUGAAGAAAAAAGAUCUUCAUGAUUUAUACGAUGCUCAAGAAAAAUCAGGAUUCAACACUGGAACGAUUGAUAUUUUGAAAUGGGCUCCAAUCAUUGAUGGUGAUUUUUUCCCAGCUCACCCAUCGGAAUUACUCGAAUCAGCUCCAGUGAAACCAACAUUACUUGGUUUGGGAGGAUAAAGAAGGGGCUUAUUUCACUGUUGCGAAUCAAGGAAGAGUUUUGAGUGAUUUCGGUUUGACUGCUCACGAUAUUAAAAACUUCAAUGAGCAAUUUGUAAUCGACACCAUCAAGAACAAAUUCCUCUAUAAUAAUCGAUUUGGAAAAUAUGAGAAAUAUGUUUUGGACACUCUUAUCGAAUAUUAUUUACACAGAGAUCGCCCGGAACAUCCAGAAGUCUCAUUUUUCUUGGAUAGAUAUAGUGAAAUUGUAUCCGAUGUCACUUUCAAUGUGCCAGAGAUCAGAGAAAUCCAAAAACGCGCUGAAAACAAUGAUCAAGUCUACGCAUAUCUUUUCAAUCAUUGUAACGAUGUUCUCUGGAAAGAUCACAUUCCAAAAGAAACUCGUGGUUCCCUUCAUGUUAAUGAAUAUCACUAUUUGUUCAAUAUGCCAAUUCUUGGGCAAAUCGAUUUUUCGAAAGAUCCAGAAAAGAAAAUUAGAAACGAUUUCAUUGAUUUAGUUAUCAAUUUUGCGAAAACAGGGUAAACCAUUCUUGAUAAGAAAAAAAUUUAAUGUACUUUGUUCCAGGAAAGCUGAAGUGAACGGAGUUCAAUGGAACCCUGUGACCGCACACGAAAGUAUUUCCUACUUGAACAUCGGGACUGAGGGAAACACCAUCAAGUCAGGACUAUUUGAAGAAGCCACAUAUCUUUGGAACGAUCUCGCUCAUCAAACAGAAUUCGACGCCGUUGAUCCAACCCUCUCCAAAUCGUCGCAACAUCAGCCUAGAAACGAAUUAUAA